AUGAAAAGAGUGCUAUCAAUUCAAUCUCACGUAGUUCACGGUUACGUAGGUGGGAAAUCUGCCAUUUUUCCAUUACAAUCACAAGGAUGGGAUGUUGAUUAUAUAAAUUCAGUCCACUUUUCCAAUCAUACAGGAUAUGGAGAAUUUGUUGGGACGAAAUUACAAACCACCGAUUUAGAAAAGAUUUUAAAUCAAUUAAUUAAUAAAAUGAAUAUUAAAUAUAAUGCUAUUAUUUCGGGGUAUAUACCGAACUCAGAGUUGAUUGCGUGUAUUGGGAAGUACAUUAUUGAGUUAAAGCAAAAAGAUCCUCAGUUGUUCUACUUGUUGGAUCCGGUUAUGGGAGAUAAUGAUUAUUUAUACGUUGAUAAAUCAUGUGUUCAAGAAUAUAAGAAAUUAAUGCAAGACAAAAUAGUCAAUUUGAUUACUCCAAAUCAAUUUGAAGUUGAAUUAAUAACAGAUAUAAAGAUAAUAGAUAAGCAAAGUUUACAAAAAGCAGUGCAGAAAUUACAUUCUGAAUUUAAUGUACCUUAUAUCGUGAUAAGCUCAAUAAAACCAGGUAUUUUAAAUAAUGAAGAAAAAUAUCUUUCAUGUGUAUUGUCCGUGAAUAAUGAAAUACGCUAUUAUAAUAUCCCAACAAUAAAUUCAUAUUUUACUGGAGUUGGAGAUUUAUUUAGUGCAUUAUUAUUAGAUAAAUUUUUCGCCAACAACAAUAUUCAAAAUGAGUUGAAAAAGUUAUCAAAAUCAGUGAAUCAAGUAUUGACGAUUAUGAAUAAGACACUCAUGUUAACUCAUAAAAUGGGAUUGGAAAUGGCACAUGAACAAGGUUUACAAGGUGAUGUUAAAAAUUUACAAGGUAAAAUUAAUGAUGGAAAAACUAUGAAAUUUUUUGAAUUAAAAGUUAUACAAGCAAAAGACUAUUAUAAUUAUUCAGGAGAUGGGGAAUUUAAAGAAAUGACAUUAUAG